CGGAACGUGCAGGGCGCGUAUUGCGGUGUUUGUACGGGAACGGCGGUGGGCGGGGCUGGUGUUGUACGUGAGGCAAUAGAGGCUGUGAACAUGCACUAGCUGCCACCAGCGUGACCUGUGGUGCCGUGACCUGACCUGAGCCACCACCAUGGAGACAGAAGAUGAGGAUAGUGUCAAGAUGCUGAUGGACAUGGGGUUCCCGGACGAGGACGAGGUGCGCGCGGCCCUUCGCAUGGCCAAGAACGACAUCUCGGAGGCUGUGGUGUUCCUUACCGAUGAGAACUUCAAGAGCAACAUGUACCGGCCGACGUCGCAGGCGCUGGCCGUACCCAGCCCGUCCAACUUGUCGAAUUCGACAAGGCGGACGACAACCAGAUGUCGACGUGUGAGGUGGGAGGAGACGUCGCUCGUGUUCCCGUUCGACGAGCUGCUGCAGCUGGAGCGGCGCGUCGGCAAGGACCAGUGGUCGAUCCCCUACAAGCGCGAGGAGUCGCUCGGGAAGUGCCUGCUGGCGGCCUGCCUGUCGGAGGCGGACGACAACUGCCGCCGCUUCACCAGCCGCGUCAUGAUGGAGUCGUUCAACAAGCUGCUCACCAACAGCGCCGUCUACUCGUGGAGCCUCGAGAUCCACCAGGGCAUCGGCACCAUGCUCGAGCUGUUCGUGGGACUGCUGAUCGCCCGCCUGCCGCACGCGCCCGUCCCCUGCGACUGGCUCAGUCUCAUCCUCGCCCAGGCGUUCGACCCGGAGACGGCGUGGAAUCAGAAGAACAAGUCCAAAAAUCCGUCCAUCCGAUCCGGCACGGACGCGGAGAAGGACUUUGCCUCGUCCAUCCACGUGAAGAGCGGCACGUACGGCUGGCUGGUGGACCUCAUCAACUACUUCGGCUACCAGGGCGGGUUCGAGCAGGUCGAGCUGUGCUUCGAACGGCCGGAGCUGAGCCCCGCCGAGAUGUCAGCACUGCUGGCGCCCCUUGGUCGGGGCGCGGAGUUGCUCGUGGCGGACCGCGUGAAGCCGCUGCUGUCGCCGGCGCUGGACCGUGCGCUCGCCUACCUCGUGUCGCUCGACGAGAACAAGCUGAACGGAAAAGACGCUCAGGCUGUGCUGGAGCUGCUCGUGACCUUAAAGCGCCUGUGCUGCCAUCUGUGGACGGAAAACGAAAACAAGAUUACAGAACUGCAGCUGAGCAUCCUGGUUCGGAUGCUGAAGACGCCCAACUUCUCCACCAGAAUGAACGCCUUGCAGGAGAUCUCGCGGAUCAUUGAGGACACGCGCCGCGCCGCGCGCUACGUGCUGGACGCGGAGCAGAUCCAAGCCUGGAUGUCGGAGCAGGGUGUGUUGUCGCUGGCACUGGAAGGCAAUAUCGACCAGAAGCAGUACACGGACCGUAUCAAGGCCAUCAUCGAGUUCCUCGGGCCGCACCUGUCCACGGAGGACCUGAGCAAGAUCUGGUCCAUGCAGAGCCGGCAUGCCAUUCAGGUGAUGGAGAACAUCCACUGCAUGAUGGCGGCGGCGUCGGUCAGCUUCAGCGCGCCGCAGCUGCAGCACCUGAUCAGCCUGAUUGAGCGGAGCUGGGAGGGCGGCAAGCCGUGGCAGCAGGAGGGUCUGCUGCAGCUGGCCGGCAGGAUCGGCCGGCAGCGCGCCGACCCGGCCUCGGCCGGCCGCAUGCUCGAGCUGCUCUGGCGGCUGGCGCACGCGCCCCGGCUCGGCGGCCGGCUCGUCGACAUGGCCAUGGAGCUGCACACCGAGGUGCUGGCCGAGGGCUCCGGCGACGAGCAGGUGCGGCUGUACAUCUCCAAGUGCGUGGAGGACAUAUCGAGCCACACGUGGACCGUGCCGGCCCUUCGCCACCUGCACAACAUCAUGGUGAAGAUCAUCCACGGCACCAAGAGCUACAUAAAGAUCGAUAAGGCGGCGUUCAGUGACCUGAUGUACGGUCAGCACGACAUCCUGCGACUGAUCACGCGCAGUCUAAGCGCCUGCCACCAGAUGGCAGUGCGCGAGGCCGGCGGCGAGCUGCACCAUGACGUAUUCUACGAUGGCGAGUACAAGCACGGCCAGUGCCUGUCGACGCACCUGGAGGUGCUGCAGUACCUGCUGAAGGACUCGCGCGUGCCGCUGGACUGGGAGCGCGUCACCGACGUCUGGGCGGCGCUGGUCGACAACGCCGACGCGUGCGCCGACGACCGCACGACUUGCCUGAACUGGUUCACCGACUGCGUGUCCGAGCUGGGCCGGGAGCCGCAGCAGCGCUUCUUCACGGACAAGCUGCUGCGGCUGGACCCCGUCCAGCUGACGGCGGCCGGCCUGCGCUGCUUCAAGACCUACUUCGAGCGCGUCAACCUGGACAAGGGCGUGUCUCGCCGCGUAGCCGCCAACAUCGUGUUCGGGAGCCAGGCGGCGGUGGGUGUGGACUACCUGUGGCGCAUACUCACCGAGGUGGCCGACGAGGGGAUCGCGCGCGCCGCCAUAGACCAGCUGCUGGCCAUCUAUUACCUGAACCUGGAGCCGCGGCUGAAGCGGGAUCCAGCCUCGCUACACAACAAGUUCUACAACGAGUGCUACAGCAGGCUGGAGGCGUGCCGGGCGGCGCUGUGCUCCGGCUCGGACGUGCAGAUGGCGCCAGUGACGCCCGACUCGCCCGUCUCCUCGCCCAGCAAGGGCUCGAGUCGGCGCCACUCCAGCGAGACCUCGUCUAACGGGUGUCCGGAGCGGCGCGGCCUCAGCCGCCUGCUGAGCCUGGUGCAGGCGUACGUGGAGGUGAUAGAGGGCCUGAACGCCGAGCCGCGCUCCAUCCUGCCGCACGGCGCCACUUUCCGCGGCGCGCCGCUCACCGUCACGCUGGUGCACGACAGCACCGAGCUCACCGUCCAGGCGCACACUAACGAGUCGGUGCAGUCGCUGAAGAGCCGGGCGGCGGCGCUGCUGAAGCUGUCGACGGCCAGCGUGCAGCUGCUGCUGAACGAGGCCGACCUGGACAAGCCGCACCAGCUGCUGCACCGAGCCGGCGUCACCGGCGCCGUCAAGCUCACCGUGCGCAGCGUCGGCUCGGCCACGGCCCGCAGUCGCGACGUCGAGGUGGGUGGGCUCGACCGGACGCCUCCGGCGCGCGGGAGCUCGGAGCGCUCGCUGCCCGGCGUGGUGAUGGCGGCCGGCGGCGCGUUCGGCACGCUCUGUCGGCUGGCCGAGCUGCGCGACGCGACCAUCACGGCCGGCGCGCGCGCCAUCCUUCACCUGAUGCCGACCGAGGCGGCCGUGCUGUCCGGCAAGCUGAUGCCGUGCCGGAGCGAGGGCGGCGCGGCCGAGGCGGCGCGCUCGUUCUGCCGCGCCUUCCUCGAGCAGGGCGGCCUCACCGAGCUGAUCGCUGUGCUGCGGCGCGAGCCGUACCUGCUGUGUGACCGGCCCGACCUCAGCCCGGCCCAGCCGGCGGCCGGCUCCAAGCCGACGCCGGCCAAGAAGUCGGCGCUGGACGCGACGGCCGCCGUCUGCAUCGACACCGUGCAUAGUCUGUCGGCGGGCGAGUUCAACGACACGGUGUCGUGCCUGCUGCGGCUGGCCUGGGCGGCGGCCGCCGGUCGGCUGGCGCAGGGCACGGCCGUGGCGGUGCGCGACAAACGCUCGCCGGUCGAGUUCUACCUGGACGAGCGGCGACGGCAGAGCAGCACCGGCUCCACCACCAGCAGCGCCAGCGAGAGCGACAGCGGCGGCCUGCACGCGGGCCUGUGCGCCCGCCAGACGGAGCUGGCCGACAGUGACGCGCUGGUGGCCCGGCUGGCGCUCCAGCUGAUGCUCGCCUGUCUGCAGAAGCGGCCCCAGGCGCUCGGGUGCGUGUACGGCCUGUCGUACGUGCGCGAGUGUAUCGUCGACAUCCUGCUGGGCUCGCCGUCGGCGGACGUGCGCCAGGUGAUGGCCGACCAGCUGCUGCUGCUCAGCCAGCUGACGGCGCCCGACGUGGCUCCGUCGCCGCGCGACUUCCUCACCCAGGUGGUGCUGAAGACGCGCGUGCCGCUCUGGGUUCCGUCCGGCUCGUCGCGGGCCGGCAGCCAGCGCCUGCUGCUGCAGUCGGCGCAGUACUUCGGCCUGCGCGCGCACCUGCUGACGGCGCUCACAGCGGCCGACCAGGCCCGCCUGUCGGUGAGCGUGGUCUCGAUGAUCGAGGACGAGACGGGCUGGCUGCAGAACUUCAGCCCGGCGCCGGCGUACGACGGCGCGGCCGGCGCCGCCGACGACGUCCUCCUGGCCGGCCACCUGGACCUGGUGCGCGCGCUCGUCACCUGCCAGGGCGCCAGCCGGCCCGGCGUCGGUCAGACGCUGAUCAGCACGCUGCUGGACGACUUCCUGUUCCCGGCGUCGCGGCGGCAGGGCUCCGACUGCUCGCCGGUCUCGCUGCCCCGCUGCCAGGGCGCCUCCUCGCGCACGGCCGCUUACAGGCUGCUGGUGGAGCUGUGCCGCGACUGCCGGGAGAACCUGGAGCUCGUCUGCGACCAGCUGGUCAGCCGACACCACACGUUCGACGGGGAGCUCUCCAAGGAGUUCGAGUACGCGCCGCCGCUGGACAGCCGGGCUGCCUGCAACUACGUGGGCCUCCGCAACGCCGGGGCCACCUGCUACAUGAACUCGGUGCUGCAGCAGCUGUACAUGGUGCCGGGCCUGCGCGAGGCCGUGCUGGGCGUGCAGGAUGACCAGGUGACCGAGGACAGCGAGCUGUGUCAGCUGCAGAUGGUGUUCGGCCACCUGCUGGAGCUGAAGCUGCAGUACUUCUCGCCGGAGCGCUUCUGGACCGUGUUCAAGCUGCGAGGACAGCCCAUCAACGUCCGCGAACAGCAGGACGCGUACGAGUUCUUCACCCAUCUGCUGGACCAGGUGGACGAGCAAUUGCGCCGCAUCCAGCGCGAGCCCGUCUUCCAGCAGGUGUUCGAAGGCACCUUCUGCGACCAGAAGAUCUGCCAGGACUGCCCGCACAGGUACGAGCGCGAGGAAACGUUCAACGCGCUCAACCUGGCCGUCAAGUCGGGCUCGCUGCAGGAGUCGCUGCAGCAGUUCGUCCGCGAGGAGAUCAUGGACGGAGACAACUCCUACUUCUGCGACAAGUGCGGCAAGAAGCGGGAGGCUGUGAAGCGGACGCUGAUCAAGUCGCUGCCGCCGGUGCUAGUCAUACAGCUGAAGCGGUUCGGUUACGACUGGCUGGCCGGGCACUCGAUCAAGUUCGACGGCUUCUUCCAGUUCCCGUUCACGCUGGACAUGGGGCCGUACACGGAGGAGGGCGUGACGGCGGCCCAGGCGCCGCCAGCGCCCCUGGCGGCCGGCGCCGGAGACGCGCUCCGCCAGCGUAUCAGCCUGCAGACGCCGGUGCCGGUGCUGUACGAGCUGGUGGGCGUGGUGGUGCACAGCGGCCAGGCCAGCGCCGGACACUACUACAGCUACGUCAAGGAUCGGAGAGGGUCGUCGCUGUCAAACCCCAACAAGGGCAACUGGUACAAGUUCAACGACACCACCAUCGAGCCGGUCGACAUGUCGGAGGAGUUCCUGGAGCAGGAGUGCUUCGGUGGCACCUACAAGGUCAAGGUCUCCGACACCGUCCAAUCCAAGUGGGGCCCGUCCGAGGCGCUGCCGGAGACUCGGCUACGCUACUGGAACGGCUACAUGCUCUUCUACGAGCAGGUCAACGACCGGCUCAAGACGCCGCGCACGCCGCGCAAGAGCAUGUCGGCCAGCCGCGUGUCGCACCGCCAGAGCAGCCGGUCCGUGAGCCGCCGGAACGAGGACAGCCUGUGCCAGCUGACGGAGCUGGUGCAGCAGGGCGACGCCAGCGACCUCUUCCCCGACCACAUGCCGUCGGCCGUACACCAGGUUGUGCGGGACACGAACCUCAAGUUCAUGCAGAACAGGGAGAUCUAUAGCGACGAGUACUUCAACUUCGUGUACGAUCUCGUCAACUGCAACAUGGGGAGCGGCGACGCCUCGCUGGCGGUGCCGUCCCUGCGGCUGGCGGUACACUUCCUGCUGCACACGUACCUGCGCGCGCGCCGCCGCCGCGGACGUUCAUGGCAUGUUCACUCCAGGACAAACGUGCCUCACUGCAUGGAGCGAGCGUUUGAGCGCAGCGGAAUAGCCGCUCGGCCGUUCCUGUUGGUGUGCGACAACGCGGCCGUGCGCUCCGACUUCACCCAGCUGAUCCUGAUCGGCGUGCGGGCGCACUUCCAUCACGGCGGCACCACGUGGAAAAAGCACUUCCCCGACAGCAUCCGCACGUGCUCCCAGUACUUCUCACUGCUCUCCGACUAUGCCAGUCUGGGCCCGGCCCAGUGCGACCACGUGCUGUCGCUGAACACGCUGCCGCGGCUGGUGUUGCUACUGCUGGGGCCGGUGGGCUCCUCGCCGCGCUGGACCGUCUCGCAGACCCGCCAGCUGGGCGACCUGCACACGCUGGCCGCCCAGCUGGUGCUCAGCUGUGUGCCGGCGGAGACCGACGCGCCCGAGGCGCGGGCCGACGACUACGUGCGCGAGGUGAUCACGGCCCUGCGCGAGCCCAGCUGGCAGCCGGACCGGGUGGUGCGCAUGCUGGUGCGAGCCAGCCGUGGCCAGCGUCAGUUCAGCAUCCGGCUCACCACCGCGCUUAUGCGGAGCUUCGGCUCCAUCCCGUGCAACGAGCUGCGCCACCUGAGCCAGACGCUGGCCGAGCUGGUGGCGCUGGAGGACUCGUGCCAGACGGAGCGGCUCGACAUCAUCCUGGACGGCGUGCCCGGGGAGGGCGCCGACGCCGUCGAGGGCAUGCUCGGCAUGAUCCGGCUGACGAGCGGCGCCAACUCGCGGCGCGCCUACCAGUGCAUCAAGUUCCUGGUGGCAGUGGCGGCGCGCGCCGACGCUCUGAAGCGGCGCCUGCUCUCGGCCACGCAGCGCUGGCUCUGGGCCAUCAGCUGGCUGCGGGAGCAGAUGUCGCAGCAGGCCGGCGGCUGGGAGCCGCCCGAGCAGUCGGCCGUCGACGCCACCAGCAACGACGACUCGUCCGGACGCAUGUUCCGGCGCACCACCAGCGCCCAGAUGACUCUGGACGAGUGCUCCCGGCUGUUCACCGUCGAAGACGCGGAGAUGGAUGUGGCAUCUGGCGGCUGGGAGCCCAACUAGAGCUGCGGCGUCGCUCCAAGGGAGGACGCCAAUGUGGACCGGGCCGCCCAGCCCGCCUACGCGCCACUGGGGCUGCGGCAGCCCCUGUCGGUCGCGAUGAUACGUGUAUGCUCGCAACGUGUGCCUUGCUGCUCGGGUUAUUGUGCGCUGGACAACACUGCCCCGUGAAGACUGCCCCGGCGCGGCAGGCGUUCCGCGCCGUCGCCCCUGGCUCGAUGAGGCGGACCCGGCCCGCGGCGCCCCGACACAGUCUCCUGAGGCCGGAUGGGCCACGCCUCGCGGCGCUGCUGGCCGCCGGACGGCGGACUCGCCGCGUACAUAUCAGCCGCUCGAGUC